CCAAAUUGGUAGCAAUCGUUCGUCCGCCAUUAUUGUUUGGCGACUUAACGUUGUCGAAGUCCAGUGAAAAUAAAAAAUACCAUUGUAAUGGAUGAUGACUGGGAUGAUUCCUGUGAAGCUGUUGUGGUGCCACCUCCCCCACUACAGAACCAUGAUUCUGUAGAUGAAGGUCACAGUCUAUCCAGAGGAAGAGGAUUUCCUUCCUUCAAUGAGGAUGAUGAAAAAGAGAAUGGGUAUGGUGAGCGACGGGGUCGAGGUGGCCGAGGCGGAGGACGAGGACGCGGCGGAAGAGGUGGACGUGGAGGGUCACGAGAACAGCACAGCGACUAUGAGACUAAUGGUGACCAUGAUGAUAGGGGUCGUGGCGAACGUGGCCGAGGCCGCGGAAGGGGAGGACGUGGUGGUGGUAGAGGUGGUGGUGGCGGAGGAGGCGAUAGAAAUGAUUAUGAAGAUAAUGAAAUAGGGGAAAACGGGGAAACGAAGAAGCCGGUAACCUAUGUGCCUCCAGAACCAACAAAUGAUGAGACGGAAAUCUUUAGCAGUACUAUAAGCUCUGGUAUUAACUUUGACAAGUUUGACCAUAUUGCAGUAAAAGUCAGUGGUGAGAAUCCUCCGAGACCUAUCGAAAGUUUCGAAACUGCAAAUCUCAGAAAGUAUGUUUUAGAUAAUGUACUUAAGGCUGGUUAUAGAAAACCCACACCUAUUCAGAAAAAUGCAAUCCCAAUCAUAAUGAGUGGCAGAGAUUUGAUGGGUUGUGCCCAGACUGGUUCGGGUAAAACGGCUGCUUUUUUGGUACCCAUAAUUAAUAUGUUAUUACAAGAUCCAAAGGAUCUGAUCUCAGAAAAUGGCUGCGCCCAGCCACAGGUUAUAAUAGUAUCUCCAACGCGAGAAUUGACUCUUCAAAUAUUUAAUGAAGCUAGGAAAUUCUCAUAUGGCUCAGUUUUGAAGGUUGCAGUUGCUUAUGGUGGCACUGCUGUGCGCCAUCAAGGUGAUAACAUUGCUAGAGGCUGUCACAUAUUGGUAGCAACACCAGGCCGUCUUCAUGAUUUUGUGGAAAGGAAUCGUGUAUCAUUUGGCAGUGUAAGAUUUGUCGUACUGGAUGAGGCUGACCGUAUGUUAGAUAUGGGGUUCAUGCCAAGCAUUGAAAAAAUGAUGUUACAUCCAACCAUGGUGGAGACCACGAAAAGGCAAACUUUAAUGUUUUCGGCAACAUUCCCCGAAGACAUCCAACAUUUGGCUGGUCGUUUCUUAAAUAAUUAUCUAUUUGUGGCGGUUGGUAUCGUCGGAGGCGCUAGCACUGACGUCGAACAAAUCUUCAUUGAAGUCACUAAAUAUGAAAAACGGAACAGUCUAAAACAACUGAUUGAGGAAAAUGAUGGUAAAAGAAUCUUGGUAUUUGUCGAAACAAAACGUAAUGCAGACUUCAUAGCAGCCAUGUUGUCGGAACAGCAAUUGCUGACAUCUUCAAUUCACGGCGAUCGCAUGCAACGUGAGCGCGAGGAAGCGUUACAGAAUUUUAAGAGUGGGAAACACUGUAUCUUGGUUGCAACAGCUGUAGCUGCACGUGGUUUAGACAUUAAAAAUGUAGACAUUGUAGUGAAUUAUGACCUCCCAAAGAGCAUUGAUGAGUAUGUGCACAGAAUAGGGCGUACUGGUCGCGUAGGAAACAGAGGAAAAGCCGUAUCGUUUUAUGAUUCUGAUCAGGAUUUAGCCCUAGUGGCUGAUCUUUCAAAAAUACUUCGACAGGCAGAUCAAUCUGUCCCAGACUUCUUAAAGGGAGGUGGCACUGCUACAUUCAAGGGCAAUAAAUAUGGAGGCAGUGAUGUUAGAAAUUUCAACAAUGCCAACACAGCUGUAGUAGAUCAAGGGCAGGAACCUGAAGAAGAAUGGUAGAUGUACAAUGUACAAAAAUGACUUUGAAUUUAUUAUCACUAUAAUUAUACGUAAAUGUGACUGUUAGUGAUUUUUUUGCAUUACAUCUACGUACAUACAACAGGAGUGAAUGCGCGUUCAGAACAUUGGUGCUUAUGCUAGUAAACUUAAAGACAUCUUUAUUCGUUGCUACGACGAAGUAAAAUUAUAUUAUACAUGGCCUGGUGUACAAAGACUGUAAUUCAUUUUCAAGUAAUUUUUUUUUUUAGAAAUAAGAAUAUUUUCUAAGAUUAAAUUGCCUUCAGGCAACUGCAGCUUGCUCAACUUUGACGCGCAAUAACCCCGAUAUUUCGAAUUACUUUAUUCCGCUGUACUUACGUUUAUUAUUUUUACACUAUUAGAAGUGGUGUUUUUUUUUUUUUAUAUUUUACGUAUUAUAUAGUGCCAAGAAUUUAACACGAAACAUUAUAGUGCAUAGAAUGACAUGCGAUUCUGUGAUGUUCAAGUGAAAAUUGCUCACUUAAAAGUUUAACAAAGUUGCUCUAUUAUCUAUAGUUUUCAGUUAUUCAUAUUUUUGUUUCAAUUCUAUUUUGUUUCGUUUGAAUCUCUUGAGAAGACCUCAUAAAUAUAUCAAUUAUGUUUAUCCCUGUACAAAAUUGACUAACUGAAAUGUAGUAUAAAACUAUAAUCUGUGAUGAUUAUUAUAAGUAGAAAUAAGUUUGCAGUUUGAAUUACUUCUACCAUCAUGCCAUAGAUGUUUAGUUCAAUACCAGUUCGUUGAAGUGAUCAACAAAACAUUAAAGAGUGAUUUGAAUACUAAGUUAGAGUUAUUUACUAUGUACGUUUUCAACCUUUUUUUUUAUUUGAGUUUAGUUGUUAUACUCAUUAUGUUAUAAGAUGUUACUUUUGAAUAAUAAGGUGUGACG